UUUAGCAGUGCUUCCUGGCUGGAGCUCGUUUAGACCGGGGAUCUGCAAUUUACAGUAACGUUAUUUUAUUCCCAGCACAAGGACUUCUUUCAUAUGUUUUUCUGCGUCAUAACUUUUUAUGUCGUCUGACUUUUUCCGUGUUUUGAUGUUUAUAUGAGAUUAACAGGCCCAGCAUGGUUUUUCCAACAUAAAUCAACAGUUCCAACGUUUCAGUGCAGGCUGCUUUCUGUUUACAUAUACCGGGGAAUGAGAGGACCUUAUUUGUUUUGUUUUUAAAGCUUUAAGUAGAUUUUCUGGAAGUGGGUAUGGGCAAGUUUUUUGCUCCACAAAUGGGUCUUUCGGAGGUGAAUGCACACGAGCCGUGCCGCUUCAGAUGAAGUGAGAUGAAGUUUUUUGUUUGGAGAAUUUGCGACAUGGGCUGAGCUCCUGUGAUGAGUCUUUUCUCAUGAAAGCUGUUCAAUUAUCCGAGGAUGGACGACGGACAACGGACACGGAUGAAACUUGACUUAUCGGUUAGACUGUAAUAAAAUAUAUUUACUUUUACACGUGGAAAGCGCGCACGCACCGGCACGGGACAACACCGGAACUUUCGAGCGCACGAGUCUGCUGAACUUCCAAUCACUAAAUGUGAUAAUUGCACAGUGGAGUUUGGUUGUAGUGUUAUACCAUUUGCCGUGUAGAAGCAGGUCUAUUACGUAUCUGCUGGUUUUACAUGUAAUAACUUAAAUUAUUACUAAAGAAUAAUCGACAAUGCCUCUUUAUGUAUUUGGUGGUCAAAUAAGCAGACGUAUAUAUGAACACUUUUAUAAAAUUACCGUAGCAGAAUAAAAGUAAAAUCAGCAGAUGUGUUUUUUCUUUCCACAGAAAGUAGUUUUGACCACAAUAGUCCGUUAGAACUGGAUAUUUUUUGGCUUUUUAUUCCAGUCGUUUUGGAGGUUUGGUUUCAGUUUUAAACCACUUUACGCACAUAUUUCUACAUUCUUAGUUUUUGGGACUCAGCUUUAGUGACGUUAGACUCCCACAGUGACCCUCAGUGUUUCAACUGGAUUUCCUCCACGACCUCUCUGUCCCUCCGUCUCCUCACCGGACAAUGUGGCUCCUCCACCUCGCGCUGCUGCUGCUGCUGCUCCGGUUCUCCGGUGUGUUGCUGGUGGAGGGCUUCAACACGUGCCACUCCAUCAACCUGGACGCGCAAAAGUCCCGGCGCAUUGAGGCGGUGCGCGGGCAGAUCCUCAGCAAGCUCCGCAUCCGCAGCCCUCCGGACAAGGACGACGAGGACCCGCCGGCUGGCUCCGUGCCCCCGGAGGUCGUGCUGCUCUACAACAGCACGCGGGAGCUGCUGAAGGAGCGCGUGCGUCUGGCCGAGUCCGCGUGCGAGCGCGAGAGCAGCGAAGAGGACUAUUAUGCCAAAGAGGUGCAGAGGAUUGACAUGCUGCCCCAACGUACCGACACAAAUGUGGUACAUCCAGCAGCCCCUAGCCCACAUUACAGAGUCGUCCACUUCGACGUCAGCGGAGUGGACCUGACCAACAGCACGCUGGUGAAGGCUGAGUUCAGGAUCUUCAGAGCUCCCAACCCGCAGGCCCGGGCCUCCGAGCAGAGAGUGGAGAUCUAUCAGCUGCUGAAGCCGGAUGAAGAGAGCACAUCCACUCAACGUUAUAUUGACUCCCGCACUGUUCAGCUGAAGACGAAGGGAGCCUGGAUCUCUGUGGGCGUCACCGAAACCAUCAAGGACUGGGUGUCAGAUCCAGAGAAUAAUCUCGGCCUGAAGUUGGGCGUCCACUGUCCCUGCUGCACCUUCGUCCCGGCCACCAACAACAUUGUUCCCAACAAGAGUGAGGAGCUGGAGGCUCUCUUUGCAGGUGUGGAUGAUGAGCAGCUUCGUCAGAUAAUAAAGCCCGGGCAGGUUAAAGGCCAGGGGGAUUUCAGCACCAAGACGCCGCACCUUAUCCUCACCAUGCUGCCCAGUAACAGAGUGGACAACCCGACCAAGAAGAACCGCAAGAAGAGGGCGGCCGCCACAGACACCACAACCUGCUCCCGAGGCUCAGAACAAGGCUGCUGCCUACGCUCGCUCUACAUCGACUUCAGGAGGGACCUAAACUGGAAGUGGAUCCAUGAGCCCAAAGGCUACAAAGCCAACUUCUGUGCCGGCAACUGUCCUUACCUCUGGAGUGCCAACAACCACUAUAACAUGAUCCUGCCGCUGUACAACAAGCUGAACCCUGAGGCGUCCGCCUCGCCCUGCUGCGUUCCUCAGGACCUGCAGCCCCUCACCAUUAUGUACUUUAUAGGCCGCACACCACGUGUUGAGCAACUCUCCAAUAUGGUCGUCAAAUCCUGCAAGUGCCGCUGAGUUCAGAGAACGAGGUGAGGCAGGGGAAUGAUAACAGGACCAAAACUACAAACUGUUUAAAAAAUAAUGACGAGAGGACAGACGUCCGUUUGUUCACUGUCACUGUUUGAUCACCUUUAGCAGACUUUUGAGAUGUUAUAAUUUUACUCAACUAUUCCAUUCUUUACAGGCAUGAAAACUUGUUCGUUCUCUGGAACUUUGCGUUUGAUA